AUAUUCUUAAACUUAUACAGCGAUAAACAAGUGCGCCUAUUUAACCGGAAGUUGUCGUCAGUGUAAAAUUGAAAUCUGAAUUUCAGAUAUUUUAUAACAAAAUGGGGGCAUUUGACUUUGAUUUUUUGGAUGAUGUCAGGCGAAUGAAUAAAAGACAGCUGUAUUACCAGGUUCUAAACUUUGGUAUGAUAGUAUCAUCAGCACUUAUGAUAUGGAAAGGCUUGAUGGUGGUUACAGGAAGUGAAAGUCCAAUCGUGGUGGUUCUCAGUGGGAGUAUGGAGCCAGCAUUCUACAGAGGAGAUCUGUUAUUCUUGACAAAUUAUCGUGAGGAGCCAAUCAGAGCUGGUGAAAUUGUUGUGUUCAAAAUUGAGGGAAGAGAAAUACCUAUUGUCCACAGAGUAUUGAAAGUGCAUGAAAAAGAAAAUGGUACAGUAAGAUUUUUGACAAAGGGAGAUAAUAACUCAGUAGAUGAUAGAGGGUUAUAUGCCCCUGGACAGUUAUGGCUAGAAAAGAAGGAGGUAGUUGGGAGAGCUAGAGGAUUUGUGCCUUAUGUAGGAAUAGUUACUAUAUUGAUGAACGAUUAUCCGAAAUUUAAGUAUGCAAUCCUUGCGUGUUUGGGACUAUUUGUGUUGAUACAUCGAGAAUAAUGUAGAGUCAUCAUCAUAGGUUAUCAUAUCUGUUUACAUCAACAUUUCCUCACCAGACAUCAGGUCUACACAUCCGGCAAGACGAGAAAGAUAUUUUUACAAAAUACCAGAAAA